UGCUCGGACUUGUAUAGGGUGCUUAUUCUAAUUCAGAAACCAGAUCCUUCAGAGAACUUUUGAUGCCAACGUUGAAAAUUGAAAGCUUUCAAUGAAAUAAAUUAUUGUUACGGUUACUGUGCUUAAGGGAAUGCACCCCGCUCCUCAGGUGGACUAAAGUCAGAAUCCUGGAGAUAUUAAAGGGAAACAGAGUGAGAAAAUUCUGCUAUGGAGAAGAAAAGUUUGCUGGAUUUGGAUCACCUAACCGAGAUCGAACAAACCAUCAUAUUAAAUGUGUUGCUGAGGGAUGCUGAGCUACGCAACCGAGAGGAAGGGCGGAUCAGCAAACUAAAACAAAAGGAGUCAGACCCUAUACAACUGCGAUUCCUAACAGGCACAUGGUUUGAUGAGGUACAAGCCAAGAGGCAUCAGAGUCGAGCGGUCGAUGUUGUCCAAAACACCAUACAGCGCAAAAGAAAAGGCAAAGUGAUGUCAGUAUUUGAGGAUCAAAAACAGCAGCAGACAUCUGAUCGGCAAGAAGACAGCGCAGAAGGUGACAGAGCAGAUCUGGAAAAUGCCGAAAUACUAGAUGUAGAAACAAAAGUAAAAGAGGAAAUAAAAGAAAGUCCCAACCCAAGUGUUGCCCCUGAACCACGACCAAGGACAAAGCUUGCAAAGCAGACUGCCAAAAAGAAAGAAGAAGUCUUAGAAAAUGUUACAGAUGUAAAAACAGAGGAAAGUUUACUGCAAAAUACAACCACAUCACUGCAGGCUGACUCAGAGGGUGAUAUUGAUUCUGGCAGCACUGAACUGGAUUACACAAGAUAUGGCUCAGUUAAUAACUUGCAAUCCAAUCAUAUGAUGGGGGGCAGUCUGAUGAGCUUAUACAGUGUUGGGGAUUUUGGAAGUGUUACUGUGACUGGCCAGAUCCAGUUGUCUUUGCACUAUGACACUAAAAAGGAGGAGCUUCACGUUCAGGUGUGUUGCUGUCAGGAUCUGGCUCCAGCGCGUAACAGUCGCUCAGACCCGUAUGUAAAAGUGUACCUUCUACCAGACAACACAUCUCGCAGUAAGAGGAAAACAUCAGUGAAGAGAAAAACCCUAAACCCUGUCUACAAUGAAACACUCAAAUAUAAAGUGCGUAAAUUAGAUCUGCUAGCGCGUGUGCUGAGUGUGUCCGUAUGGCAUAUGGAGCGUGUGCGAAGAAACCUUUUCAUGGGGGAGGUGGAGGUGCAGCUCAACCAGUGUGACUGGAGCCAGAGUCAACCAACCUGGUACCCUCUGCAGCCUAGGGUACAAAUUAAUCCGGAUGCCAUUAUCAGCAGAGGAACGAUUUUGGUAUCUCUUAAAUACCUGCCACCUGGUUCUGAAGAAGGAGGGUUCCCUUUAACUGGUGAGCUACAUAUUUGGCUAAAGGAAAUUGUUGGACUCCUCCCUCCUUCAAAACGUGGCACUCUUAACAUUUAUGUAAAAAGUGUGGUUUUGCCAGAUGAGAGUGGAUUUAGUGGUCAGCGGACACGGGCAGUCCGUGGCUUAGUAAGUCCCGUGUUCAACCACACUAUGGUGUAUGAUGGCCUGCAACCCAGUGACCUGACACAGGCCUGUACUGAAAUCACUGUGUGGAACUCCUCCAGCUGCAUCGGGGGAGUGCGCCUUAGCACAGGCUCAGGUGUGAGUUAUGGUCAGGAGGUUUGCUGGAUGGACUCCACUGAAGAGGAGACCAGCGUAUGGAAUACUGUGAUCCAGCACCCCAAUAAAUGGGUAGAUUCUACUCUGCCAAUCAGAACCAACCUACAGCUGUGCUCAGAGUAACACACAUGUUCAAGCCUUGUCCGUUAAACAGAACAGUCUGGUCAUUUUCUCCAUCUAGGUCUUAAACUUUGCUGAUUAAUCAGCACUAAGGUUGAAGGUUUUUUGUCAAGGCUAUUUCUUCCCUGCGUGAUUAAUUUGCCUUUGCUGAAUCUUUGUGGUUUCAGACAAAGCUUUAUUUAGUCUAAUCUGAAUUCAGUGCAACACAGAAACCAAGUCAACAGAAAUACAAAACAAAACAAUAAUCAUAAGAGCAAAAACUUGAUGAAUGUAAAUGUUUUGAUCAAAAUUGCUCUUGGUAAAUCAUUUAAGCUUACACAAUGUACAGAAAGGGCUUGUUUACUCUAAUAUGUAGGUAUAUGUACCUUGAUGUUAUCUGCUUAAGGCUGCAGUAUGUAACUUUUUGGGAAAUAUGCUAGAGCAGGCAACUUGUUAAACAUUUGUAACAUUAUAACAUUCUGCAAACCCCUCCCCACACAAAUUAAUAUAAUACUUGUGUUAAGUCAAUACACAUUAAAUGUUUUGUUAUCCAAAUUCUAUGAGUAAUUGUGUAACUAUACUUUACUUUGACUGCAACAGUUAUUAGAUAGUAAAGUUUAUUUUUUUUAAACUUACCUUGCCUAGAGAGUGGCCAGUAAUCCAGUAAUCUAGCAAGUAAAAUAGGAUGAUAAUGAAGGUAGUAGUGUAGUGUAUGGGGAAACAGUAGCUACCUAUCUUGCUGUGUUUGCAAUUAUACAAUAAUCAUCACUGCUUUUUCAGUACUUAACCAGUAUGAAAAGAUUUGGGAGAUAGCUGUGCACUUAUUGGCAUGCUUUCACUGGUCAUACAAAUUUUGAUUGCCAAGGCUGCUGUAGUGCCUCCAGCAACAGUGCCACAAUUUGUGCAUAAUGAAGCACCAUGCUAUACACGCACAGACGGUGUGUGGCACUGAGUGUCAAUGUGGCCCUUCACAAUCUAUGCAAACCCCUACACACUCCAAAACAGCAAGACAGUACACUGAUCUAGCUCAUGUUAACUAGCCGUGUAUGAACUUUUAGAGAAGGUUGAAUUAGAGAACAAAGAACAAACUGUAUUUAUUGUUUUACUUGUUACUUACUGUGGUGUUGCUAUCUACUUUAAUAUAUUAUUUUGAUAAAUACUGGCAAUUUUAAAAAAUGCAGUGUCUAUAGCACUACAGUGUUUUAAUAUAUUGUAACAGUCCCUCUUUGUUAAAUGUUUAUCAGUUUUGAAAUACUUAUUUUUAUAUCUCUAUAUAACAAACCUUUUUAUUCAUUCCCUUACAAUUGAUGUAAAAGCUACAGCUAUAGGUGGAGCCCAUUGCUAUUAGUUAUCCAUGUCUGGAGUUAUAGAAGUGGUGGCAUUUUUCCUCUCCUCUUAUUUCUAUGCAUUGUAAAAGCCAGUCAGACAUCUGUGGACAGGUGACAGAAAAAAAUCUUUCUACAAACUCACAUUCUACAAGUUUCUGAAACUGUACUGGAUGGAUGGAACACCAGUUGUCUUAAUAACUUAACAUCUUUCAAAGAUAUUACUCUUAUUUUGUAAUGAUGGUGGUGGAAAGUGAUGUCAAAUACACCAGUUCAUUAUCUUCCAUAACUGUUAAACUGGGAUAGGAUUGGUGACCUUGAAAACUACUGCAUAUGGUGAUUUUCUAAUGUUCCAAUCAUGUUGAUUAAAUGAUCAAUUAGUUAACAAGUCCCUCUUACCUGUAAGGCGAUAGUUGAACCCAAACCAUUACAGAAAUAUGCAUUUCACAGCGCACACACUUACAGUACGUUGUUCUACUUAAUUAUUAAAUUUUUGCUGUUUACUGUCACCUGUCUGUAUAUGGUUAUGUUCUGUGGGCUAAUGCAGCAAGGAUUGUGCUUUAGUAUGCUGGUAAUGUGCAAUAAGGUAGAAAGAAUAUAGUACAAAAUAAUGUGAUUCUUCUCUUAUUAACAUGCUUAACAUGCUUAUUAUGCUUAUCAUGCUUAUUAACAUGCGUAACUGCUAGUUAAAUAAACAAAAUGU